GUGAUGUUCAUAUCCAAACUACUACUAUUAUUACUGCCCAUACUACUACUACUACUGCUAGUACUACUACUAUUAUUACUACUACUACUACUACUACUACUACUACUACGCAUACUACUACCGUUAGUAAUAAUAAUAAUAAUAAUAAUAAUAAUGAUAAUAAUAGUCAUAUCAUUAGUGAUAACGAUAAUAAAAAGACCACCUAG